CUUCUGGUCCAGGCGUGUGGUGCGUCGCUACCUUUACCAGAGCGACCUCGCUGUCUGGCAGAAAAUCUACGGGAUGCCGGAUACCGGUCAAGUCGUCUUAUUUAAUGGUUGGCACAAGUCAAGCAGGGUCGUGUGCGACGUCUGUCGGAUGAAUCGCGUGGGUCAAUUGAUUGACCAGGCAAAAGUAUGCCUGGAUAUGGUGCUACUGUCUACCGCCAAUGUCAAGUACAUUGACCGCAUAUUGGCUGCACAUAUUCGGGGUGUCACCGUGCGCGUUCUCGCCAGCGACAAAAUGCUCGCGGCUAAUGGGCCAGCAAUGAAGCUACUCUGCGCCUUGAGUGUGCAGGUGCUCUGCUACUCAAUCGGAGUAAUAUUCGGGUACAAUUUUGCUAUAAUAGACAGUGAAAAGCGAUCCCUGGAGAUAGAGGCCAAGCAGGAUACGGUCCACACGAGUCUUUGGCGACUAAGGGGUAACAUGAAAGGGUGUCUAAACUGGAUCCUACUGGCCGCGUUGCAGAAAAGUGAUUAUAGGAAUGACAAUCGCCACUACCAAAAAUUUUUUGAUGAAUGGAACUUCUUAUAUUCUGUCACACCGUCCUACUUCAUAGCAUAUAAUUUGCGUUCACCGCAGCAUAAAGCAUAGAUCAAUUGGAGUGAAGCUGGAAUAGUCGUUGGAUAAUUGAGCCCUCGAUCCGUCCACCAACAAUAAAAGGAAUAAAAGGAGAAUUCCACCCCAGCAAGCACCGGUGGAUAAUUCCCAAUUUCCAAGAUAAGUACGGAUUCCCCAUCUGCCCAUCUUCAGCGCCUCCUCACCUCCUGGUCCCAGUCGGCCAUACAUAUAUAUACGUGCCGCUUCUUUCCUUUCACCGUUCUAUCGACGGAUCCAUAUUAUCGGCAAUUCCUGGCGUUCUCCGCUUACUCGAAUUUUAUCCGCCGACUCUUACGUAUACCCAGCACCCGUAUACACAUACACAUCAGCAUAUUAUCGGUGAAUAACAAG